AUGUUUUCAGAUUAUAAUACAGAAGAGCAAGAUACAUGUAACAUUGAGUAGAACCUUAAGUAAAAAUGGUUGCCUCUCUAUUAAAAGGAUACUCAACUUGCAAUGAAGAUAUUAAUUGCUCUUAAAAGCGAUAUUCAAAAAUAGAUGUCCUCUUUUAUUCAAUCAUCGAUAGAUUAUAUGAAAAGUUUAGAUGAUUAAGUCUAAGAGUUGUAACUAAAAUCAAAUUAAAUUGGAUCAUUACUUUAUUAACUGCCUUCCCAAGUCUAUAACAACCCUAAUCAAUUAAAUUUAUUAAUAUCUGAAUCAUUAGUGGAUGGAGAAAGGAUUAAGGAAUUUUUGAAGAUUAAAUUAAGGAAUUUUGUAGAUUCUGACAAUUUAAUUAACUUUAUUCAGAAAAUUCAAUAAAUUAAGUUCGACGAUUCAAUCAGAAUUUUUAAUAGAAUAUUUUAACCUCAAUAAAAUUAAAAAGAUGGAAACUGGACUUGUAACCAACAUAAUGAAAGGAUAAGAUAUGUAUAAUUAAAUGAGGAAGUUUCAAAUAAGAUAGCUUGUGAAUACUGUAGAUAAGAUAAUAAAUAUGGAUAAUACAUUACCUUAUAAAGUUUGAAAAAUAGGUGGAAUGAAUAUAUUCUAGAAACUGCAAAGUCUUUUAAUUUGGUCCAGAACAAAUUGGUAUCAAAAUCAAACAUCAUUUCCUAAACAAUUAGCUCAUUACAAUUACACUUCCAAAAGUUAAUUGAUUAAAUCAAUUAAUAAUUGAAUAAUCAAUCCACUAUUGAACUAAAUAAAUUACUGAAUAUUAAAAAUAAAAAUAAUAUAUUAUAUUAAUUCAGUAAUACUUUAGAAAAUGAUUAAUUUCACCAAUAGUUUUAAUUAAUGCAAUAUGAUUGGUCUGAAUUCUCAACAGGUUAGUUAGGGGAUGUAGCUUACAUCUGCAGGUAGAAAAAUUAGAUUGAAUAAAUUGAAUAAGAGUCGAUAUAUAAGGACAUCUAGAUAACAAAUAUGUUGAAUUAAUCAAAAUGUUUUACCAAUAUGAUGAUUAUCCAAUUUGAAUCAUUCCUGAAAUAUUGGAAUAAGCCAUAAAUCAAUUACAAUCAAAAUAGUGAGAUCGUUGAAUCUGGAAAUUAAGCAGUUCCUUUGAAUUAUUAGUUACUGGAGUAAUAUAAUGUGAAAGAAGAAAAAUGUUUAUCAUUUGCUUUCAAUAGUGACUCCAGUAUUUUGGUUGUUGGAUGCAAUUGUUUUAUUAAGGUAUUUGAAUUUAAACAAGGCCAAUUAACACUAAGAUAAAUAUUAAACGACCAUAAAGAUUAUGUGAGAUGUUUAUACUUUAUGAAUAGGACCAAUUAAUUUAUAUCAGGUUGCAAUGACUGUAAGAUCAUGAUAUGGUCUUGUGAUAGUAACAACCUUUGGUAUUGCUCAUAAGUGUUGGAAGGACAUACUGAUUAUGUAAGGGCUGGAGUAAUCAUGAAUAAUAGAGAAGACUUGAUUAUCUCUGGUUGCGAUGAUCGUUCCAUAAGAUUCUGGUCUAAGAAAGAUAGUCAAUGGCAUUGCAAAUAAAUACUUAAUGGUCAUUCUGCCGAAGUUCGUAGCUUAAGUUUAAACCCUUCUUCAACGUAACUUAUUUCUUGUUCAACUGGAACUGAGAUCUUUUUGACUUAAUAUCAUCAAAAUAGGAAAUAGUGGUGUAUAAUUUAGAUUAUACCGACAAAUAAAUGUGGAUAUAGUUUAAAAUUUAUUAAGGAUGAUUUAUUCACUUUCUAACCUUUUGAUUAAGAAAUUCUUUAGAUAUAUAAGAGAGAAUAAGAAUAAUAAAACUUCUAAAUAAUCUAAGAACUUAAAGUAAACUCAAAAGAUAAUAGGUUGGAUUUCUUUUCGUAGUAACUAAUUGAAGAAAAGUCUAUUCUACUCCACAAAAAUGGAAACACAAUUAACAUUAUUUAAAUCAACUAGAAAAAUAAUGAAUUUUCUGUUGUGUAAUCAAUUUAAAGUUCAGAUGUCUAUCUAUAUGGUUCUAUGACUAGAGAUGGUAAAUAUCUAGUUACAUGGGACAACGAAAGUAGAAGCAUCAGAGUAAGAAAAUAUCAAUAAUGA